AGCGGAGCGCUCUCUUCAUAAACAGGUUUGUAAGCAGUGAUCCAGAAUGCACAGUUAAUGCCUGCCUGGCUGUCCCUCAGCGGUAAAUACAUGGCAGCAUUAGGGAACCCAGACAUGCUUACAAGGAAGAUCAAAUUGUGGGACAUUAAUGCCCACAUUACUUGUCGCCUGUGUGAGGGGUACCUAAUCGACGCCACCACUGUCACUGAGUGCUUACAUACCUUCUGUCGGAGCUGUUUAGUGAAGUAUCUGGAGGAGAACAACACGUGCCCCACGUGCAGGAUUGUCAUUCACCAGAGCCACCCACUGCAGUAUAUUGGCCAUGACCGAACAAUGCAAGACAUUGUCUAUAAGCUGGUGCCGGGACUGCAAGAAGCGGAGUUGAAAAAGCAGAGAGAUUUUUACCAAAAGUUGGGCAUGGAGGUACCUGGGGACAUUAAAGGAGAGCUGUGUAAUAUGAAGGUCCACCUGGACUCCCAGCGCAAUGGCGAAGUGAAAACUGAGGAUACCGCGAAAGAGGGAGAGGAGAAACCGGAGGAGGAUAACGAUUAUCAUCGCAGUGAUGAGCAGGUGAGUAUCUGUCUGGAGUGUAACAGCAGUAAGCUGCGUGGACUCAAGCGGAAAUGGAUCCGCUGCUCGGCCCAGGCUACCGUCCUCCACCUUAAAAAAUUCAUCGCUAAGAAGCUCAACCUGACGUCCUUCAAUGAGCUGGACAUUUUAUGCAAUGAAGAAAUCCUGGGCAAGGACCAUACGCUUAAAUUUGUUGUGGUGACGAGAUGGAGAUUUAAGAAAUCGCCCCUGCUCCUGCAUUACAGACCCAAGAUGGAUUUGCUGUAGUCGGACACAAUGGUUGUUUUGGCCCAGGACUGUGCAGCGCACUAUUUAUGCAGAGACUAUCAAUUCCACACACCAAACCCCCCACCCCCAUGGGUCAAUACAGACAUGAGCCAACGAACAACCAAUACCAGCUCUGCUGAACUAGCCAAGCCAAUCAGCUGCAGGCGUUUCUUUAACCCUUCGUCCGCUAUGUCCUCGAUAUGUGAAAAACCAAGAGAAACAUAUAUUUAUACUUUUGUACAGAGGAGAGACAUGAAUCUGAGACGCUAGUGGUGCUCCGUUUCAGUUUUUAUACCGACGUGCAUCAAUCUCACCUCAGACAGGUGAAGUGGCUCCACUGUGUGUGUGUUGUCUGCACUCCUGUUUGGGUGUACUUCAUGGCACUCACGGCGGAGAAAUAUUUUAUACUGCCCACUCUUUCAGGUCUUAACAGCUCAACAAUCUCGGGAGCACAGAAAACACAACUCUACGACAAUAGACACUGUUUGAGUUAGCAUUUUUUAUGUCACUGAAAGAUCAAUUGUGAAUAAGCGAAUUUUUGUGUAGUAAUUUAUGUUCAAUUUACAAGUAUUGUACAUAGAAAAUAUUACAUCAAUGCAAGAGAGAUAGAUAGAGACUGUGAGUGAGUGAAUGUGUGUGUGCAAGAGAGUAAAAUAUAUUUGGUGACUGUUCUGAUAGAGCAUUAAAAGAAAUGGUUAG